AUGCCCGAACUCUAUCCGGCGACAACAGACAACAGCACCGGCGCUCUGCGUGAUACGGGGCUCGCGAAAGAAAUAACAACUGCAUGUCCCCCCUUCCAAAAUUUCCAUUCCCCUCGUACGUUCGACACUACAGAAAUAUCUCUGCCUCUUUUGAUAUCCUCUGUCAGACAAGCACCAGAAAAGCACCGUAUCGCAUCUAUCGGGACACCCUACCAAACAACUGGACCAGCCAUCCACACUCUCUCUAUCUCCAACCACCACCAACCACAACGAACCCCAGCCUGGGCCCUCCUCUCUCCCUCCUACCUCUCUCCUACAGGAUCAGCACACCGGCACCCGACCACGUCCACACCCACCUCCACUAACAAGGCUCCUGCGGCAGGGGUAAGGGCGCCAAUCUGCUUGUUUGCCGCUCUCGACCGUUGCGUCACCGGGGACAUUUCCCUCACUCUCGCUCUCUCUCGCCGCUCUCGAAUUUCCUCUUGGCCGUUGAGAGUCUGGAUCGAGCGCCAUUUUCCCAAAGACAAGUGACUGGCAGACUGCAGAAGCACUU